CCCCUAACAGCUCCAAAAUUUGGGUAUUAACCCAGCUAACAUUGGCUUUAGUACCCUUACCAUGGAGUCUGACAAGUUCAUCUGCAUCAGAGAAAAGGUUGGAGAACAAGCCCAGGUGGUAAUCAUUGACAUGAAUGAUCCAAGCAAUCCUAUUCGCAGACCUAUUUCAGCAGACAAUGCGAUCAUGAAUCCAGCCAGCAAAGUCAUAGCUUUGAAAGCAGCCGGGAAAACCCUUCAGAUCUUUAACAUUGAAAUGAAAAGCAAAAUGAAGGCUCAUACCAUGACUGAUGAUGUCACCUUUUGGAAGUGGAUCUCUUUGAACACUGUUGCUUUAGUAACCGACAAUGCUGUGUAUCAUUGGAGCAUGGAGGGAGAGUCGCAGCCAGUGAAGAUGUUUGACCGGCAUUCCAGCCUGGCAGGAUGCCAGAUUAUUAAUUACCGAACAGAUGCCAAGCAGAAGUGGCUGCUUCUAACAGGAAUUUCUGCUCAGCAAAAUCGGGUUGUUGGAGCUAUGCAGCUGUACUCUGUUGACAGGAAAGUGUCUCAACCGAUUGAGGGGCAUGCAGCCAGUUUUGCUCAAUUCAAAAUGGAAGGAAAUGCUGAAGAGUCUACCCUGUUUUGCUUUGCAGUUAGAGGACAAGCAGGCGGAAAGUUGCAUAUUAUUGAAGUUGGAACACCACCUACUGGAAACCAGCCUUUCCCAAAGAAAGCUGUAGAUGUUUUCUUUCCUCCAGAAGCCCAGAAUGACUUUCCUGUUGCAAUGCAGAUCAGUGGGAAACAUGAUGUUGUCUUCUUGAUUACAAAAUACGGAUACAUUCACCUUUAUGACCUUGAAACUGGUACCUGCAUCUAUAUGAACAGAAUCAGUGGUGAGACCAUAUUUGUCACCGCACCCCAUGAAGCCACUGCAGGAAUUAUUGGCGUGAACAGAAAGGGCCAGGUGCUUUCUGUUUGCGUAGAAGAAGAAAAUAUUAUACCUUACAUCACCAAUGUUCUUCAGAACCCUGACCUAGCUCUGCGUAUGGCUGUCCGCAACAAUCUGGCUGGUGCUGAGGAACUAUUUGCUCGCAAAUUUAAUGCUCUGUUUGCACAAGGAAAUUAUUCAGAAGCAGCAAAGGUGGCUGCAAAUGCACCAAAGGGUAUUCUUCGCACACCAGACACAAUACGCCGAUUUCAGAGUGUUCCUGCUCAGCCCGGUCAGACCUCACCGCUCCUGCAGUACUUUGGCAUUCUCUUGGAUCAGGGCCAGCUCAAUAAAUACGAGUCUCUGGAGUUAUGUAGACCUGUACUCCAGCAAGGUCGCAAGCAGCUUCUGGAAAAAUGGCUGAAGGAAGACAAGCUGGAGUGUUCAGAAGAACUGGGGGAUCUAGUGAAAUCUGUGGACCCUACACUAGCUUUAAGUGUUUACCUGAGGGCCAAUGUUCCCAACAAAGUCAUUCAGUGCUUUGCAGAAACUGGGCAGGUUCAGAAGAUUGUGUUGUAUGCUAAGAAGGUUGGCUACACUCCUGACUGGAUUUUCCUGUUGAGAAAUGUCAUGAGAAUCAAUCCAGACCAAGGCCAGCAGUUUGCACAAAUGUUGGUGCAAGAUGAAGAGCCUCUUGCUGAUAUUACACAGAUUGUGGAUGUGUUCAUGGAGUAUAAUCUUAUUCAGCAGUGCACUGCAUUUUUGUUAGACGCACUGAAAAACAAUCGUCCCAGUGAAGGACCCUUGCAAACACGUCUACUUGAAAUGAAUCUAAUGCAUGCUCCUCAGGUUGCAGAUGCUAUCUUAGGCAACCAAAUGUUUACACACUAUGACCGUGCUCACAUUGCCCAACUCUGUGAAAAGGCUGGUCUGCUUCAGAGAGCUCUAGAGCACUUCACUGAUCUGUAUGAUAUCAAGCGGGCUGUUGUCCACACUCAUCUUCUUAAUCCAGAGUGGCUGGUGAACUAUUUUGGUUCCCUGUCAGUUGAAGACUCUCUGGAGUGCUUACGUGCAAUGCUGUCUGCAAAUAUCCGGCAAAAUCUGCAGAUCUGUGUCCAGGUAGCUUCCAAGUACCAUGAACAGCUCUCUACUCAGUCACUCAUCGAACUCUUUGAAUCCUUCAAGAGUUUUGAAGGACUUUUCUAUUUCUUGGGUUCCAUUGUCAACUUUAGUCAGGAUCCUGAUGUUCACUUCAAAUAUAUUCAGGCAGCAUGCAAAACAGGACAGAUUAAAGAAGUUGAGAGAAUCUGCAGAGAGAGCAAUUGUUAUGAUCCAGAGAGAGUUAAGAACUUCCUGAAGGAAGCUAAACUUACAGACCAGCUGCCUCUCAUAAUUGUCUGUGAUCGGUUUGACUUUGUACAUGAUCUGGUGCUGUAUCUAUACAGAAACAAUCUGCAGAAGUACAUUGAGAUCUAUGUACAGAAGGUUAAUCCAAGUCGGUUGCCAGUGGUUAUUGGUGGUUUGCUAGAUGUGGAUUGCUCUGAAGAUGUAAUUAAGAACCUUAUCCUGGUGGUAAGGGGUCAGUUCUCCACUGAUGAGCUUGUAGCUGAAGUUGAAAAACGAAACCGGUUAAAGCUGCUUCUGCCAUGGUUGGAAUCCAGAAUCCAUGAAGGCUGUGAGGAGCCAGCCACUCACAAUGCUUUGGCAAAGAUUUACAUAGACAGCAACAAUAAUCCAGAACGUUUCCUCCGUGAAAACCCAUAUUAUGACAGCCGUGUUGUUGGAAAGUAUUGUGAAAAGAGAGAUCCCCAUUUGGCAUGUGUGUCAUAUGAGCGAGGACAGUGUGAUCUGGAACUAAUCAAUGUUUGCAAUGAAAAUUCUCUGUUCAAAAGCCUUUCAAGAUAUUUAGUACGCCGUAAAGAUCCAGAAUUGUGGGCCAGUGUCUUGUUAGAAAGCAACCCAUACAGGAGGCCUCUGAUUGACCAGGUUGUACAGACAGCUUUGCCAGAAACCCAAGACCCCGAGGAGGUGUCUGUCACAGUGAAAGCCUUCAUGACUGCAGACCUACCAAAUGAGCUCAUUGAGCUGUUGGAGAAAAUUGUUUUGGACAACUCUGUCUUCAGUGAACACAGGAACCUCCAAAACUUGUUGAUCCUGACUGCUAUAAAAGCCGAUCGUACUAGAGUCAUGGAAUACAUCAACCGCCUGGAUAACUAUGAUGCUCCUGAUAUUGCAAACAUCGCUAUCAGUAAUGAGCUAUUUGAGGAAGCCUUUGCCAUUUUCAGGAAAUUUGAUGUGAACACAUCUGCUGUACAGGUCUUGAUUGAACAUAUUGGAAACCUGGACCGUGCUUAUGAAUUUGCUGAACGCUGUAAUGAACCAGCUGUAUGGAGUCAGCUGGCAAAGGCACAGUUGCAGAAAGGAAUGGUUAAAGAAGCAAUUGACUCCUAUAUUAAAGCAGAUGAUCCUUCUUCUUAUAUGGAAGUGGUACAGGCUGCUGAUGCUAGUGGAAAUUGGGAAGAGCUAGUUAAAUAUCUGCAGAUGGCCCGGAAGAAGGCAAGGGAAUCCUAUGUGGAAACCGAGCUCAUCUUUGCUCUGGCUAAAACUAACCGGCUCACUGAACUUGAGGAAUUUAUUAAUGGACCAAACAAUGCCCACAUUCAGCAGGUUGGUGAUCGCUGCUAUGAUGAAAAAAUGUACGAUGCUGCUAAACUGCUCUACAAUAAUGUUUCAAAUUUUGGCCGUUUGGCGUCCACCCUCGUUCACCUAGGAGAGUAUCAGGCUGCUGUGGAUGGUGCUAGAAAGGCAAACAGUACUCGCACCUGGAAAGAGGUUUGUUUUGCUUGUGUGGAUGGUAAAGAGUUCCGUCUUGCCCAGAUGUGUGGUCUUCACAUUGUGGUACAUGCUGAUGAACUGGAGGAGUUAAUAAAUUACUAUCAGGACCGUGGCUAUUUCGAAGAGCUGAUCACCAUGCUUGAAGCAGCCCUAGGCCUGGAGCGUGCACAUAUGGGAAUGUUUACAGAGCUAGCCAUUUUGUAUUCAAAAUUCAAACCACAGAAAAUGCGAGAGCACUUAGAGCUGUUCUGGUCCAGGGUCAAUAUUCCCAAGGUGCUGAGGGCAGCAGAACAAGCUCACUUGUGGUCAGAAUUGGUAUUUUUAUAUGAUAAAUAUGAAGAGUAUGAUAACGCAAUUAUUACAAUGAUGAGCCAUCCUACAGAUGCAUGGAAAGAAGGGCAGUUUAAAGACAUCAUAACUAAGGUGGCCAACGUGGAGCUGUAUUACAGAGCGAUACAAUUCUACUUAGAGUUCAAACCAUUGCUUCUCAAUGACCUCUUGAUGGUGCUGUCCCCCAGACUGGAUCACACCCGUGCAGUCAACUAUUUCUCCAAGGUAAAACAGCUUCCUCUAGUCAAACCAUACCUUCGUUCGGUGCAGAACCAUAACAACAAAUCUGUGAAUGAGUCUCUGAACAACCUUUUCAUUACAGAAGAGGACUACCAGGCACUCCGUACAUCUAUAGAUGCAUAUGACAACUUUGACAAUAUUUCUCUUGCUCAACGCUUGGAAAAACAUGAACUUAUUGAAUUCAGAAGGAUUGCAGCAUACCUCUUCAAGGGCAACAAUCGCUGGAAACAGAGUGUGGAGCUGUGCAAAAAAGACAGACUGUAUAAGGAUGCUAUGCAGUACGCCUCUGAAUCCAAAGACACAGAACUGGCAGAAGAACUUCUGCAAUGGUUUUUGGUUGAAGGGAAGAGAGAAUGCUUUGCCGCUUGUCUUUUUACCUGCUAUGACCUGCUGCGGCCAGAUGUUGUCCUGGAAACAGCGUGGAGGCACAACAUUAUGGACUUUGCCAUGCCCUACUUCAUUCAAGUCAUGAGGGAGUACUUAUCCAAGGUUGACAAGCUGGAUGCCUCUGAAUCUCUCAGAAAAGAAGAGGAGCAAGCAACAGAGACACAGCCAAUUGUUUAUGGUCAGCCCCAGCUAAUGCUGACUGCAGGACCCAGUGUCCCAGUACCUCCUCAAGCGGCAUUUGGUUACGGCUAUACUGCACCUGCAUAUGGGCAGCCCCAACCUGGAUUUGGAUAUGGCAUGUAA